CUUUGGUCGCCUGGGAAGUAUGGACGUAUCCAGAGAUUCCAGUGUCAGAAUCAUCGGGAAUGUCUCCCGUUUUUGGGGCUCCGACCAGGCGAGCAAUGCAUGCAAAGCAAGCUGCUGCUGCUGUCUAGUCAACAGACCACAAUCAAUCAGAAAAGCUACAAGAGGGCCGCUGCUUUUGCCGAGACAAGCAACACUGGACUUCUAUUGGCUGCUGCUUCUCCUGACCUCCUUCAACUUCACUACUUUCGUGCUCUCCAAAACCAAUGCUCCCGACGUUUCUGCGCUCAAUGUCAUGUACACCAGCAUGAAUUCUCCGUCCAAACUGGAUGGCUGGAAAUCAAAUGGAGGUGACCCUUGUGGUCAAUCUUGGCACGGAAUCAAAUGUUCAGGCUCCAGUGUAACUGAAAUUGAUCUCUCUGAUUUGGGACUCACUGGAUCAAUGGGCUACCAGCUUUCAAGUUUGACAUCCGUCACUUACUUUGAUUUGAGCAAAAACAAUCUCAAGGGUGAUAUACCGUAUCAACUACCUCCUAACGCACAAUAUAUAGAUCUUUCAAGGAAUGGAUUCAGCGGCAGUGUGCCAUAUUCAAUUUCGCAGAUGAUUAAUCUUGAAUAUUUGAAUCUUAAUAACAAUCAGCUCAAUGGACAGCUGAAUGAUAUGUUCGGACAACUUUCUAAACUCUCUAAGUUGGAUUUGUCUUUCAAUUCAUUUACUGGCACAUUACCCCCGAGCUUUAAAUCCCUCUCAAGCCUCAGCACAUUGCAUUUGCAGAAUAACCAGUUUACCGGUUCAAUAAAUGUCCUUGCCAAUCUUCCACUUGAUGAUUUGAAUGUGGCAAAUAAUCAGUUUACAGGUUGGAUUCCUGAUGAAUUGAAAAGCAUCAAAGAUAUAGAGACUGGAGGAAACUCUUGGUCUUCAGGGCCUGCUCCUCCCCCACCCCCUGGUCAGAAAAGUGAUCCUCAUGCCAGGCAGUCAAAAGAAGAUAUCAAAAAGUCUGGUCUUAGUGGAACAGCCAUUGCAGGAAUAGUUCUGGGUAUUUUGGUAGUGUUUGGUGUCAUAAUCACUUUAUUCUCACGAAAAUCUUCUUCAUCGCAUUUUCUUGAAGAAGAUAGGCUCAGCCGCAAGCAUAGUCCAUUUUCUCCUCUUGCAAUUCAUGAGCUGUCCAAUGAUUUGCCUAAUGAUGUGCAGAACGACUUCAGAGAACGGAAGUCAUUUGGUUCGUCUUCUUCAGUGAAAGUAAAAUGUUUACAGACAUCUGCUUCAAUGAGUCUUGAGACGGGGAAAACUCUGCAAGCAUCUCCUUCUCCAGGUUUUAAGUCAGGAAAAGCAUUGGAAGCCUCUCUUUCAGGAGAUCUUAAUCUCCCACCUUCUGAUUGUGCUAGAUAUACCAAUCAUAAUGAAAUUACAGAUCGUCUAGAAAGGAGCAGUUCAAUUCAUGUCACUUGCUAUUCUCUUUCAGAGUUGCAAAAUGCCACAGGUAACUUUGCAACAGGUCGCCUUCUUGGAGAGGGAUCAAUUGGUCGAGUCUAUAGGGCAAAGCAUGCUGAUGGGAAGGUUUUGGCUGUGAAGAAAAUAGAUUCCUCACUUCUACAAGGUGGACAUGGGGGAAAAUUUAGGGAAGUAAUCACACAUAUCUCUGAACUACGCCACCCAAAUAUUUCAGAACUCGUUGGUUAUUGUUCAGAACAGGGACAGAACAUGAUAAUCUAUGAGUAUUUUAGAAAUGGUUCACUUCAUGAGUUCCUGCACCUGUCAGAUGACUUUAGCAAACCACUUACGUGGAAUACCAGAGUCAAAAUUUCUCUAGGAACAGCUCGUGCUCUCGAGUACUUGCAUGAGGUUUGCUCUCCAUCUUAUGUUCACAAGAACAUAAAGUCUUCUAAUAUUUUGCUUGAUGCUGAACUAAAUCCCCGUCUCUCUGACUGUGGCUUGACAGUUUUCUAUGAGGGAAAAAAUCAGCGGAUGAACAAAAAUCAUGGGAUUGGAUAUAAAGCGCCUGAGUGCACAAAACCUUCAGCUUAUACAUCAAAGAGUGAUAUCUACAGCUUUGGGGUGAUUAUGUUGGAAUUAUUGACAGGUCGAAUGGCUUUUGACAGUUCAAAGCCAAGAAUGGAACAGUUUCUUGUCCGGUGGGCCCCACCUCAGCUUCAUGAUAUUGAUGCCCUGGAGAAAAUGGCUGAUCCUGCCCUGCGUGGGCUGUAUCCGCCCAGAUGUCUUUCUCGUUUCGCAGAUGUAAUUGCUCUGUGCGUGCAGGUGAGUAUUUUUAGGGCUACAAGAAAUCUCAUUGUGCGUAAUUUUGUGAAUUUGUGGGUAACGUGGAUUGUUUCUGGUAUUCUACAUAUUAUUAUAGUUCAUGUUGCAAUAAUUUGAACCUGUGAUUUGUGAAACGUGAAAUCAGUCGGAGCCAGAAUUUCGGCCACCCAUGUCUGAAGUGGUAGAAGCGUUAGUUCGUUUAGUUCAGUGACCGAGUAUUAAAGCAAAGCGGGGGGGAGGAUCUUGGUUGGUGCAUCUGGUUGGAUGGAUGAUUGUGAAUCACUGAAAUCUGAGACUGGUUUCUCUGAAAACAUCAAAUGAUGGCAACAAAAGAUGUCUAUGGUUUCUGCUGCAGUAGGGACAAUUGUGCUUGUUGUAGAGCUUCCUUGUUUUCUGCGAAUGACGUGACAAAGGUAAAAACUAAGCAAAGCAGCAUAUGAGGUCGUCCGUGGUGUUCUAGGAUUUGCAUCCUUAGCAGUUGAGCAAUCUUAAAAAUUUUUACACGAGUCCCUGUCAGUCACCCGCCCGCUUGCUUGUACACCUUCUUCUUCUUCUUCUUCUUCUUCUUCUUCUUUUUUUGUAUUGAGAAGCUCAUUCCCAAGUUGUGCAAAAGCCAUAGCAAAUUCUACCUACUACUAUUAUUUAUGGCACAAGAAGAAGGUACGGGGACCCUCCCUCCAUAAAUUUCAUUCCACACCAAGUCAAUUGGAUCAGCGGACGGUCCCUGUACAUCGACAGAUGAAUGAAUAAUUCAAUUCAAAUUCUAUACUUGUCAG